CUUCUUUCUGCUAAGAAUCCUUGUUGUUUUUUUAACUGUCCCUCUAGUAAUUCUUUUUGGAGAAUCGUCAUGUCUGACAAUGAAUCUUGAAACAAUCCCCUUCAGGAACCUUGCGAAGGGGGUUCCGGAAAUGAACUACCCCCUCCCCUGUCGACGAUAAUAGGAGCGUCCGCAACUGAACAAGAACCCCCUCUACCUUCGACAAUGGUGACUCCAGUCCCUGAUGGGGAUAUUUCGUUUGGCUCGGUCCCCAUCCAGACUCCUGUGGGACAACAAGUCUCGUAUCGUACACUAAUUGAUUGUACUGGAGGACGGGGCCUCGCGUCUGGUAUACCCGCCCCCUAUGUUUCCGACGGGGAGAUUGUGGUUCCCAAGGAUGGGGGACAUCAAAAUUCGUAUUGUGACGCCGAAGUAAUCGCCAUUCAAUGUCGAAGUCCUACAGCACAGGAUUCCUAAAGUACUUGCAAGCGUGGCCGAUUUGAAAGCCGAGUCAACUAAGGAGAAGGUCAAGCCGAUAAUCAACCUCCUUGAAACGCCAAACGCUGUCAUCGGUCGAUUAGUGAAGCCAUGCUCACAAUGCGAGGAAAUGUUGAAUUUGAGAAAGGCCCGGUGGUCAUCAAAAAUGUCUAAGUGGCAUUGUCUAGUUCCCAUUGUGAAAUUACCAGGGUUCUGAUAAAGUGUGGAUCGCAGGACAUUGCUUUUGGUGCCUCAUGGACAGGGGUACAUGUAAUCUCUGUACCGACUCCCAGUUGGACCCUGGUCCCAAUUGAAAAUCUUCACGGCCCAACACGCGACCCUCUUUCCCCAUCUCGAUUUGGCGUUGGCGCAUCUAGCGGAGGCGCAUAAUCAUUCAAAAGGUCAUCCCAAUUGCGAAUACCAACAUAUCGACAUCGCUUACUCUGAAGUGUGGAAGACCGCGGUAGCUAUUGACACAGCGAAAAUACAGGGUGAAGACAAGCGACUUCCUGGGCGCCCUUUUGAAGAAUGGUCCUCGUAUCGUUUAGGGGAUGAUGUUGAUGUUGGGUCCUGGAUGUUCGAACCUGCGCGGCCUACCUUGAAGCGAACGGUAGAGCCUCUACCAGCCGGGACAUCGUCCACCCCUCGCGCGAAAAAGACCAAGACGCAAAAGGGAAAGAGUGUGAGAGUACUCCGCAUACGGAUGAAGAUAUUGUACCGGAGUGGGACUCCGCAGAUUAGGGGGUGUUGGAGUCACCAAGGGUGUACAAAUCUUGGAGUGGGGAUCUGUGAAAUCUAUUUUGGUGAAAACGAAUCUGUAGUGUAGCUAGAAUGAUUUUGUGAAACAUGUAACCCUUUUCUGUCUUG